UUCAAUGCAAAAGAAAAGACCAAUCGAACCAAGAUAAAUGUAGGUCUACGGGCCACAUCUUAAAUAUCAAAAAGCAGCGUCAAAAUAUAAGUGAAGUAUCAGUUCAGUACGUUGUAAUAUCAGUGCGAACACGCUAUGCAUUGAAUAACGCUUGUAACUAGCAAAAAAUACUCGAAUAUUUAACACUGGUCGUGGUUACGAUCUGUCAUGAGAUCUAAGCUUAUGUAACAUUUUAUGUUCGUGAAAUAACGUUAUAAAUACCUGAUAGCGGUCGUUUACCUCCACCAGAAGGGUAAAACCAAAUCUCCACUAAAAUACUCACGAUGUUACGACGCUGCUCCAAGCAUUUACAGGGCCUGUACCGGCGGCAGAGCCAGUCCAUCCGCUUCAAGUCGGAGGCCCCGCGCGUGUGCGGACCCUCGGCCCUGGCCCAGGCCUCCGCGAGGACCGCAGCACCUCGCGUCAUCUCCGCCGCUCACACCCAAGUGGCAAGCAUCCACUUCACCAACCCCCUCCUCGCUGAACAAGAUGUGAUGACCCCAUCCUUCCCCGAUUCCGUCUCAGAAGGAGACGUGAAACUCGACAAGAAAGUCGGCGACGCUGUGGCAGCUGAUGAAGUCGUGCUCGAGAUCGAGACCGAUAAGACCGCGAUACCUGUCAUGGCGCCCGGACACGGUAUCAUCAAGGAACUGUACGUGAAGGACGGAGACACGGUUAAGGCCGGUCAGAAGCUGUUCCGUAUGGAGAUGACUGAUGCUGCGCCUAAGAAGGCGGCGGCGGCUCCGGCCCCUGAGCCUCCCAAGGCCGCGGCUCCUCCCCCCCCGGCGGCUGCAGCUCCUCCCCCGCCGCCCCCUCCCCCAGCCGCGGCUGUCCCUCCCCCACCUCCCCCGCAGGCCCCUCCCGCACCUAAAGCGACUCCUCCCCCCGCGGCCGCCCCCAUCUCCUCCAUCCCAGUGGCGGCCAUCCGUCACGCGCAGGCUAUCGAAACAGCUACCGUGAAGGUCCCGCCCACUGACUACAGCAAGGAGAUGUCCGGCACCAGGGCGGAACAGCGCGUCAAAAUGAACAGGAUGCGCCAGCGCAUCGCGCAGCGUCUCAAGGAAGCUCAGAACACUAACGCAAUGUUGACCACGUUCAACGAGAUCGAUAUGUCUCAUAUAAUGGCGUUUAGGAAGAAGCAUCUCGACGCUUUCACGAAGAAACACGGAGUGAAGCUCGGUCUCAUGUCGCCGUUCGUGAAGGCCGCCGCCAACGCGCUUAUGGACCAGCCCGUCAUUAACGCAGUCAUCGAGGAGAACGAAAUCAUUUACCGCGACUACGUAGACAUCUCAGUCGCCGUCGCGACGCCCAAGGGGCUGGUCGUGCCGGUGGUGAGGAACGUACAGAACAUGACGUAUGCCGACAUCGAGCUGACCAUCGCUGGGUUAGCGCAAAAGGCUAAGAGCGGCAAGCUUACGAUCGAAGAAAUGGACGGUGGUACCUUCACUAUUAGCAACGGUGGAGUGUUCGGGUCGCUAAUGGGAACCCCGAUCAUCAACCCCCCUCAGUCAGCUAUUCUUGGUAUGCACGGCAUCUUCGAGCGCCCCAUCGCUCUGAACGGUCAAGUGGUCAUCAGGCCCAUGAUGUACAUCGCGUUGACUUACGACCACAGGCUGAUCGACGGCCGUGAAGCUGUGCUCUUCCUCAGGAAGAUCAAGGAGGGAGUGGAGGACCCGGCCACCAUCGUCGCCGGCAUGUAAACUUUUUAGAGACCGACCUCAAUCUAGCGAGUUACCAUUACGAACAAAACUUCGCAGGUCGGCGGGUAAUUUGAAAAUGGAAGAUCAUGUAAAAUAUUGCGAAUUUCAUCAGUAGCGUUUUAGAAGCCUGAAGUGUUGCACGCGUCCGUCAGCUAUUUUGUUAUUUAUUGAUGUGCGCUCGUAUUCUGUAAUUAUGUAUUAUUAUUUAUUCAGUCGUAAGUAAUAACUGUCGAGAAGUACAUAAUGUUACUUAUAUGUGACCACAUAAAGAUUUGUUUUAUUUUUCUUGUUUCAGUUACAAACUUUGAUUUUGGCACACUCGGUGUAAAAGUUUACAGUAUUUUAUUUUUUAAUGUGUAAAGCAUUAAAAUUUAAAUAUAUCGGUUUAAUAACAGUA